AUGGCCGAGACAAGUCUAGGACCGAACCGGCGAAAGCUUCUGGCGGAGGAGCUACGGAGGUUCGAUUUUCCGCCCCUGCCCGAGAAACCAGGGUUGUGGGAGAAACUCUGUGCAGCCAUUGAGAAUGGUCCCAGGGGUCAGGAGGAGAAACUCUUCAAGGAGUUUCUGCAGUUGCAUGAGCAGCGCUUUGAAGGACAGAUGAGGCUCUGGCGCCUCGAUGCCGAUAUUCGAUGGGCGCGGCUGAAGAAAUUGCAGCAGAAGCUGCAGGAAGCGGAGACAGAGCUUGGAGAGGCUGAGAAGAACAUGGAGGAGCAGGACGCCUCAGCGGGCGCCCAACUGCUCAGCAGCAUCUCCUUCGAAGACGCCGACGCCUUCUCUGAGGGCGUGGUGGAGGAUCUGCGCGCCCAGCAGCCUCCAGGGCCUGGCGAGGAUGUGAGCCCCGUGAGCCCCAUGAGCCAUGUCAGUUGGGAGUUGCUUCCGGGUGAACAACCGGAAGCCAUGGCGGUGGCCAAAGCGACCCCUGGGGCCUCGAAUCGGAUGAGUCCGGUGAAUGGGGGCCCCGAUCCUCAGAAAUUGAACUUGGAGGAUUUCAAGCCGGUGAAGCCCUGGAUAACGCGAGAUCAGACCUGCAAAGGGCCGUAUAAACUAGCGAUCAAGGAUUCAAUGAAAGCCAGUUUUUCCAAGAGUAUGUGGAAGGCCCUCGACAUUUUGGCCGACCUAGUGCUUUUGGGAGGCUUAGUCCGAAAGGGUCCCCGGGCUGAUCUGCGCGCCUACAACAUGACCCUGGGAGCCUGCGCGGGGCAACAGUUAUGGGAGACGACCCUUCAGCUCUUCCUCCGAAUGACUUCCAGCAAAAUGUCACCGGAUUUGAUCUCCCUCUCCGCCGUGGUGGAUGCAUGCGCGCGGGCCUCCAAGCAGAGACAGGCCGUGAAGUUCCAGCAGAUCUGGUCUGAUCGAUGUCACCGGACGACGAUGUUUGAACUUUUGAGGUUCACCAGGCGGCUACCCAACAUGGAGAAGGAUGAAAAGGUGCCAGCACCGCGUGGAAGUUUCUUCAACAUCGGAUCUUUGGUGAACCGAUCCCUUUGGGCAGAAGCUCUGACUCUCUUUUGGAGGAUCGCCCGCUGCGGUGAAUUUGAGGUCACGACAAAGCUGCUGAACAUUGGCUUGGUCGCUUGUCAACGAGGUCAUCGUUCUGCUGAUGCCUUGUUGCUCUUGAAGAAAUCUUCUAACCCUGAGUCCGAUCUGCCGCAGCCUGACCUGGAGAGUUACUCCGUCACCAUGCGCGCCCUGGGCGAAGCCGCCGCCCGACGCCACGGUAGCGAGGCCGAAGCCGAAGCCGAGGGCUGGCGGCAGGCGCUGCAGCUCCUGGAAGAACUGAGGGAGAGGCGGUUGAGCGCCACCACGCGGACCUACAACAGCCUGGCCAGCGCCUGCUCACGCGGCCACGCAUGGCUUGAAGCCUCCAAGCUGUUGUCUACAGCUGCGGAUCAGGGACUUCCGUGGGAUUUGUUCUCUUACAACAUCGCCAUCCAGGGGUGCCAUCGUUCGGCCGCUGGCCCCAAGCUGACGACCUUACUCCGGCAGAUGGAGCACGACAAAGUCGAACCGAACGCCGUGACGUUCACCACAGCCAUUGGAGCCUGCGAGCGAUCACAGCGUUGGGAGCUGGCCCUAGACUUUUUCAGGCGAUUGAAAGCGAGCCAGGAUCACAUUGGAGCCAUCACCAGCAACGCGGUCAUGGCAGCGUGUGCAGCUGGACAUGCGUGGGGCGAAUCCGUAAGGAUUUUUUGGGACAUGUUGCUGUCUGGAACGGCGGAUGCGGCGAGCAUGGCCAACGUCCUGAAAGCUUACAAAACGACCUCCCAGUGGCAAGAGGCGUGUUGGCACCUCUUUGAAGUGCCCAGUGCUUUUCAACUCGUGCCUUCGUGGCAGCACUGCGUCUCCGUGGCGGACGCCUGUAGCCUGGCGAGUCUCUGGCAACGAGCGCUGUCACUGCUAUGGACCCCCCGGGCGCCGCUGGAGUACCGCUGCAGUGCUGCCAUCAGCGCUUGCAAAAAUGCCAUCGUGGCAGGGCCACAAGAUGCGGAUGGCUUGUGGCAACAUGCUGUGGCACUCUAUGCUCAGCGGAAGCAACAGGAAGGUGCUACUUCCAGUCUUGAUGCAAACGAUUUGGUCGGCACUGCCAGCGCAUUGAUCAGUGUCUUUGAGAAGAUGGGUAUGUGGGAGAGCGCUCUCCAGAUUUUCUCAGAGAUUCAAAGCCCCAACAGGGUGAACUAUAUCACCAUUCUACUGGCACUGCUGGCAGGGGAUGAAGCCCAGCUCGCCCGCAAGCUAUACUUACAGAGCCCACUUCUUUCGCAAGCUCUGCGACCCUUGGAAUCCUUGGAGACUUCGGGGAUCGAAGAUAAGGAACUGCCAGUGACCUUGGAUCUGCAUGAACUGCCAGUCGAAGUGGCGACUUUGGCGCUUGAAGUUCUACUCAAAGACCUGCAAGAUCCAAGCUAUCCAAGUGAUCCAAGUGAUCCAAGUGAUCCAAACUCUGAAAUCAGGAAGUCAGUACAGCUGCACAUCAUCACUGGCCAUGCGCUUCACCGCUCUGCUCCGGGUGCCACCGGUGUCACGCCAAGGCGUGUGUGGCAGGCAGUGCUGAGCCUGCUGGAAACGUGGCCGGGAGUAGAGCUUCGAGAGCCCGGAGACAAUCCCGGACUCGUGAGCUGCGUGCUCCGAGAUCCCUGCCACGAAGCUCCAAGCGGAACACCGGGACCCCGGGACCCCGGUCCCGCCGCACCAUGGACGCGCAUGGCCCUGGAGCGGGAAAGCUUCACUGAGGAGGUGGCCAAGAGGCUCACGAACCACGUGGUGCUGGCGGAUUUGCGGACAGGGAAACUGCCCAAAGACCAGGCAGAUCUGCUGCUGAAGACCUUGCUGUUGGAGCAGUACUUUGUUUGCAACAGCGACCUGAGGACAUUGAGGGCGAGCUGCGAGAAAUUUGGGCACGUCCAGGGUUACAAGACCUUCUUGGAAUUCUUCCGAGACGGUGAGGCCUUUGCGCUGGGCGAACAUCAAAAGAUGUGUCAACUACUGGGCCUCUCAGAUGAGCAGCUGGAAGCACACGUGCCGCAUCACAAGUGUCAGGCAUAUCCCAGCUACUUCAGCAGCAUUCUGCUUCAUCAUAGUCCGGUGGUGGCGGCCGCUGCCUUUGUUGUGAACUUCCCUGCCUGGGGGCAGAUGUGUGGCAUCCUGAGGGAUAGCUUGCUGGUACACUACGACUAUCAAAUGGAGGACUUGGGUUUUCUGGACUUCUUCGCUACGCCCAUCCCAAACCUGAGAGAACUCGUGGACGAAGUUUUUGCGACCGAGGGCCAGAAAGUGAGCUACGUGCAACUGAGACGCUCCGUAAGGCUCUUGCAGGAGUACGAGCUCCUCUUUUGGGACGGCAUUUGGGAACAAGUGCAGACGCCUGGAAGCGAGUUUUUGGGAUGGCAUUUGCCAAAUUUUACCAAACAAAGCAGUUGCUUUGGAAAUAUUCACAAGGCGCAUCAAGGCACAGUUGUACAGCAGCCUUGUGGUCAUGGUCUUUGCUGAAGUGUUGAAUGUUUUUAAGUCAGCACCAGCAGAAUAGCUAAAGGCUCUCAAGCUUACCCCUGAGGGGAACUUGAGGACAUCCUCCUCCCAGACAGGGGAAGUGCACAGCUUGCUGAAAAUGUCAGCUGUGAAUCUCAAAGUGGGUGCUGCUGGCGUAGUCCUAGGUGCCAGGGCUUAGCAGCAUGCGAUAUCUUGCGAUAUCUUGCGACCUCCACGUGAAA